AUCCAUGAAAGACACAGCUCUAUCUGUAUUAUAUGUGUGUGUCUUGAAACAUAAAGAUGACAAAGGGCUGAAGUAAAAGCACAUCAACGAGGUCUCACUUUCCAUGGUCCAGAUUUUUUGUUAGGGUUUUCUUCCCCUUCUUUCUCCUGCUUUAAAAUUGGCUCUUCUUAUGUUUGCUUGUUUUAGUUCUGGGUAUGAAGAUAGUGUCUAAAGUUUGAAACUUUCAGUGGGUGGGAUCACAUAAUUUGCAGAAAGAUUUCAUUUUUUUUUCUGGGAUUGCACAGAAAUUCAGCCCAGAGUGAUUUAGGAAUUUUCUGGAUUUUUAGGGUUUUUUUGUUUUCUUUUUCUUUUUUGUUGGGCAAUUGGGGGGGAAGGGAUUAAAGUGGUCAAGAUAGGUCCAAUUCUGUUGAAUUAUUGGAAAAUCAGAAUCAUUUCUGUGGAUUUUGUCUAUGAAUGACUGGGAGGAAAGCUUUGAAGCUGCAAUUAACAUGGCCUCAGAAUUUAGAUAGAUUCUUCACGAAUUAAUGAGCUGAGAUUGAGAGGAAUCUGUAUUUGGUCAUAUUUACAAGAAGAUGUUAACUUUCUUGGAUUCCAAAGAUUCAUUAAGGGGAACAGAAAAGUGCUUAGAUUCUCAGCUAUGGCAUGCCUGUGCUGGCAGUAUGGUUCAAAUGCCGGCGGUGAACUCGAAGGUGUUCUAUUUCCCUCAGGGGCACGCCGAGCAUGCCUCCGGCGAUGUCCAAUUUGGCAAUUCUCCAAGAAUCCCACCCUAUGUUCCUUGCAGAGUCUCUGCCGUUAAGUACCUUGCAGAUCCCGAAACCGACGAGGUUUUCUCGAAAAUCAGAUUGGCUCCCGUCAAUGGAAACGAAUCUGAUUUGGACGAGGAAGACGAAGAAGAAGAUGAUGUGGCAGUUGGGGUCAAGAGGGCCGCCGAUAACCCGGACAAACCGGCUUCUUUCGCCAAGACUUUAACCCAAUCGGAUGCGAAUAACGGUGGUGGGUUUUCGGUCCCGAGGUACUGUGCGGAGACCAUUUUCCCCCGGUUGGACUACUCGGCGGACCCCCCGGUGCAAACCAUCCUAGCAAAGGACGUUCACGGGGAGACUUGGAAAUUCAGACAUAUUUACAGAGGGACACCGCGGCGCCAUCUUUUGACCACCGGGUGGAGUACGUUCGUGAACCACAAGAAGCUUGUUGCAGGGGAUUCAAUUGUGUUCCUGAGGGCGGAGAACGGGGAUCUCUGCGUCGGGAUUCGGAGGGCAAAAAGGGGAAUUUGCCCUUCUUCGGGGUGGAAUCCGGUCGGCGGGUACGGAGGGGGCUAUAGUGCAUUUCUUAGGGAAGGGGAUAACAGAGUGCCGCUAACGAGUGGCGGAGGAGGAAGGAACAACGGGAAGGUGAAGGCCGAAUCGGUAGUCGAAGCUACCGAUUCGGCCGUCCGAGGGGAGGCGUUCGAGGUGAUCUAUUACCCUCGAGCCGGAACUCCGGAGUUCUGCGUUAAAGCAAGUGUCGUCAAGGCGACAUUGCGGGCCCGUUGGUGCUCGGGCUUAAGGUUCAAGAUGCCUUUCGAGACCGAGGAUUCUUCCCGGAUCAGCUGGUUCAUGGGAACUAUAUCCUCCGUUCAAGUCGCCGACCCGUUACGUUGGCCUGAUUCUCCGUGGAGACUUCUUCAGGUGACGUGGGACGAGCCAGACUUGCUACAGAACGUGAAGCGGGUGAGCCCGUGGCUUGUAGAGUUGGUAUCGAGCAUGAACUCGGCUAUGCAUCUCUCCCCGUUCUCGCCUCCAAGGAAGAAGUUUAGAUUGCCUCAACAUCCGGAUUUCCAGUUUGAUGGCAUACCGGCGGUGGCGGCUUAUUCCACCACCACCAACCACCACAACCACCCCCGUCUCCUCGUUGCAGGCGGUGGUCCCACCAAUGGCCCGUACGGUUGUCUCCCCGACACCACCCCCACCCCUGCGGGCAUGCAGGGAGCCAGGCAAUAUUCUCACUACGGAUUUCCGUUAUCGGAUCUCCAUUUCAACAACCAACAACAACAACAGCUGCACUUCGGGGGGUUUUUCCCCGUCGGUUUCCACCCCCAUCCCCUCCUCCACAAUGCCGCGUCUCUUCAUGCAGCGGCUAAACCGGCAAUCCUCGACCCCCCGGAGGACGUUUCUUGCUUGUUGACCAUCGGGAACUCGUCUCCUCCCCAAACGAAGACCGAAAAAAAGCCCGACGAUCGCGUCGGGAAAGCACCCUUCGUUCUCUUCGGUAAAGCGAUCCUCACGGAGCAGCAAAUCUCCAUCAACGCUUCUCCGGUCGGUUCAGGCAACAUCUCCUCCUCCUCCUCAUCAUCAUCAUCUGAUGCAAUCAGACACAUUGGUGAUGAACCUUUCAGGGCGAUUAUGAAAACAGCUCGGAGAUUAGAGAUUCUAAUGGAUACGAGCAGGGACAACCUAGGAGUAUAGAAGGGGCCCGCAAAAAUCCUGCAAAUUCCCAUGUUUUUUUCUUUGUUUUUUUUUGGGUUUGGUUUUUAUUAGAUCCAACACAUAAUAUUAUGUUGCUUUUGGUAACCAUAUCAGAUUCAAAUUCAAACUCUGUUUUUUUUCUGUUAUUGCCUAUAAAUUUGCAUUUUUUUUAUCUGCCCGGCAAUGUUAUCAAUGUCAUGGGAACCGUCCCGGGAACCAUCCCGUUUUUUUUAUAUAAUGCCUUGUGCGUGUACGCAUAUGUUUGAGACCUUUAUUUUUUUUUGGUGAAAGAAAGAGAUUUCCCAGAA